CGACAGUCGCCAAUAACUCGUGCCAAAUGCGACUUGUGCUGUCCACCGGUGAAGUGAUUUUCUUCAUCUGUGUACUUGCUCUAGCGUUCUACCUGUCGCCGUUCUUUAUCGAUGAAGUGAACGCUAAUGCCUCGAACGCGUGGGAGUUUCUGCUCGUGUGGGACGAUGAGGAGAAUUUCCUGGAAAACAAAGUGAUCCAAAGCGGUUUGAAUCUCGAAACCCUCUACGCUAUGUUCACUAUGACCAAGAUCAACGUGUAUGAGCCUUUUGGGUGGAUACUCAAAGCCGUUCAAGUGCAGAUCGUAGGGCUUGACUCGUGGUGGGUUCGAAUUGUGUCGACUGCGUUGCAUUUCGUGGCUGCAAUAGUGUUGGCAAGAGCAUCCGCAGUACUGCUCAACAUGAUGGCAUUGCUUUCGGAAAUCAAGUCAAAGAUCGUGAUAGACAAGGAGGUGCAGCAGCGACGAGAAAGAAACGUUUGGUAUGGCUGUUGUAUCAGUGCUAUGGUAUUCGCUAUCCACCCAGUGCACGUGGAGGUCAUCGCAUGGCCGUCGGCGCAGCCCUACACGCUGUGUGCGCUGUUCAGUAAUCUUGCGUUAUAUGUCUACGUACAAGCGAUGUACCAGGAGCUGUGUGAAGUGCAGAUAGGAAAGAAAAAUGCCGUGGCUAAGCAAAUGAUGACUAUUUUCGGUGGAGGCAGGCGAAGUGAUCUGUUUUGUUGUGGAUUGUACCUGAGUGCAUUGCUAUCGAAAAGUGCCUGCAUUCUCUUGCCCGCGGGUCUGGUUCUCGUCGACGUGCUGGUAUUUGCAACUUUGGAGCCUCUUCUUCCCAGACCCAGCGCAAAUCAGUGUUUGUCAUACAUCAUAGGAAAACUACCCGUGGUUUCCACUCUACUCACGUUUAUCGCAGUUAUGCUGGUGUCGAAUUACAAAGGAAUGCAGCCUGACGCCGACUUGCUGUCGUUGACACUCAGUGAACGAGUAUUAAAGGCUACAACGAUGCCAGCUUGGGUAACACGUCGGAUACUAUGGCCAACGAAGCUGCGACCGCACUAUCAGCUUCGCCCGGGAGAUCUUAGCUUGACUAACUCCGACUACUUACUGUAUCUCUCGGCGUCAAUGGCAAUAGUUUCGAUGACGAUCUGGUUGUGGCGGCAUCGUCAAGCACCGCAGCACCUGCUUGGUCUGGCAUAUUGUUCGAUCAUGUUGCUUCCAGUCUCGGGUCUCAUCCAGCAUGGCAUGGUUUCCGCUGGAUGUGACCGGUACGCGUACUUGUGUAGUAUUGUUCUUGUACCCUAUGGAGGAUCUGUGCUGGCACAGCUCUUUGGUGAUGAGAAAGAUAAAGCCAAGCUUCUAGAAGACGAACGACCCGAGAGUAUCCAAACUCGAACACAGCAUUACUGUGAUCAGCAUAGGACGGUUGGCGUAAGUGCCGUUUUCCUUCUUACUGUCACUCUACUCAUGAUUUCAACCAGUUCAAUGGGUCACUGGCGAAAUGAAGACGCUCUUUACGAGUACUCACUUCGGAUGGACCCAACGGACUGGAGGCUUUUGGACCAGCGCGCGGUGUAUUUCGUCACGAGUGGACGCUACUCAAGGAGUGAUGAGGAGUGCAGGCGUCUUUGGGAGCUAACGUACUAUUACACUCCCGUUGGAACGUUCAAAUCGGAUCUCCAACGUCUCAAGCUGUUAAUAUGGCUGAACGGACUGAACGACGUCGUAUGUGAAGGGUACAUGAAGUUGCUGGAGGUUCGUCCUGACAGUUGUCACGUUCGCAACAACGUGGGUGUGUGUUUGAUUGACCAAGGGAAGUAUAGUGAAGCACGACGAGAGUUCGAACGAGCGUUGAAAUGUCCAGGAUACGACGAACUGUAUGAAACUCCACGCCGCAAUUUGGAGAGAUUAAGCAAGUGGGUCAUCUUGAAGGAAGAGGCUCAAGCUCGAGGUGAAGAGGACAGCGUGCCACAGAUUAAAUCGCAGGUCAUGUAUUGAAUAAAAACGAUAAGGGGAUAGUUUUUCG